UCCUGCGAGCGGGCGCGGGGCGGCUAGUCCGGAGCCGCCGGCGGAGGGGAAGCGCGAACAGAUCGACUCUCCCCUGCUCGCCAGCCCCCGCCUCUCCCAGUAGCCGGCCGGACCUGCACCCGGCGCUUGCCCCCGCUCAUCCUCCCCCCUCCCGGCCAGGCGCGCUCCUCCCCGGCCGGCCCCUCGGCGCGCGGCGCGCUGGAGGCGAACGCGGGCUGAGCCGAGCGCAGUGGCCGCCGACCACCGAGCGCCCCGCGCCGCUCCCUGCAUGUGCGGCCCGCGGCGGCUCGCAGCCCCCGGCAGCAGCCUCGGCAGCUUCGGCCGCGCCUCGAGAGGCGGCUGCAGCGGCUCCAGCGGCGGCCGAGCGGCCGAGCCCGGGCUGGGAGACACGAUGCGCCGCGUUCUCCGGCUGCUCCUCGGCUGCUUCCUCACCGAGCUGUGCGCCCGCGUGUGCCGGGCGCAGGAGCGAGCGGGGCACGGGCAGCUGGCGCAGCUGGGCGGCGUGGUAGUGCUGGCGGGGGGCAACCGCUCCGGGGCCGCCUCCGGAGAGGCCGGCGAGGGCGCGGGGGUCUCCGACGCUCCGCCGACCCGGGCGCCCACGCCGGACUUCUGCAGGGGCUACUUCGAUGUCAUGGGCCAGUGGGACCCGCCGUUCAACUGCAGCUCGGGCGACUUCAUCUUCUGCUGCGGGACUUGUGGCUUCCGGUUCUGCUGCACGUUUAAGAAGCGGCGACUGAACCAGAGCACCUGCACCAACUACGACACUCCGCUGUGGCUCAACACCGGCAAGCCCCCCGCGCGCAAGGACGACCCCCUGCACGACCCCACCAAGGACAAGACCAACCUGAUCGUUUACAUCAUCUGCGGGGUGGUGGCCGUCAUGGUGCUCGUAGGCAUCUUCACCAAGCUGGGGCUGGAGAAAGCGCACCGGCCCCAAAGGGAACACAUGUCCAGGGCCCUUGCAGAUGUCAUGAGGCCACAGGGCCACUGCAACACUGACCACAUGGAGAGGGACCUCAACAUUGUGGUUCAUGUCCAGCAUUAUGAAAACAUGGAUACCAGAACCCCCAUAAAUAAUCUUCACACAACCCAGAUGAACAACGCAGUGCCCACCUCCCCUUUGCUCCAGCAGAUGGGCCAUCCACAUUCGUACCCCAGCCUGGGCCAGAUCUCCAACCCCUACGAACAGCAGCUGCCGGGCAAAGAGCUCAACAAGUACGCCUCCUUGAAGGCAGUUGGAAGUUCUGAUGGUGACUGGGCAGUGGCGACACUUAAGUCACCAAAAGCCGACAAGGUCAAUGAUGACUUCUCCUCCAAGCGACGGCACCUGGCCGAGCUGGCGGCCAAGGGGAACCUCCCUUUGCACCCGGUAAGAGUAGAGGAUGAGCCGCGGGCCUUCAGCCCUGAGCAUGGCCCUGCCAAGCAGAACGGACAGAAGUCCCGCACCAACAAGAUGCCCCCACAUCCCCUGGCCUACAACUCCACCACCAACUUCAAGGGCUGGGACCCCAACGAGCAUUCCCUCCGGCGGCAGGCUUACGGUAACAAAGGCAAGCUUGGCGCAGCUGAGUCGGGCUCCAGCGACCCCUUGGGGACUCGCACCCAGCACUACCCACCCCCACAGCCAUAUUUCAUCACCAACAGCAAAACAGAAGUGACUGUCUGAGCUUUCACUACAGGGAGCAUCCUGGAGACCAUACUCAACUGAGAGAGGCAAAAAAUAUCCCUGGCCCACACCCUCCCUGGCCUCCCUGACCCGCUCCCCUGCACCCUGCCUCCCCUUACCAACUGACGAAAAACCUGCUGGUGACGCGGAAUCACGCUUUUCUUGGGUCAUGCCUAACACGUGUCAGAGGACAGCUGAGCAAGACGGAAGCAGGGACGUUCAGCAAUACAGCAAAGGGGAAACUGAGGCACGGCUCUUCCUACUUCAGGCCCGAGGUGGCCAACUCACACGCCCACACCGUGGGGCUAAUUUUUUCUUUUCCUCCUGACUUAAAACUGAAAUCCAUGACGAAAAAUUAAAAGUAGCACAACUUAGAGAAAUCGUCCAUUUGAGCACAUUUGCCAUUUACCACGUGCUGUUUCGGGGUGAAAGAGCCAGGUUGGGGUGGGGGGAGCCUGAGAGUGGACAUGAGAGAAGAGUGUACGUAAGAAGAGGAGUCAUUUGGGGAGGAAGCUGUGUGCAUUAUAAGUGUUUUCUAAUCCCAAGAAGCAGUGACGUGGACACACAAUUUUGACAAGCGUAAGUCGGUAGUUGGACCCCAACCAUUCUAUUUAUAGUACUUUUCAUAUCGUCAAUGUUGGAAGCAAAAAAAAAAAAAAUACACACACACACACACUCAAACUCACAAAAAAUAGACCCUGAACCCACCGGCAGUGAUGAGAAAGAAAGAGCAUUUUAGAGAAGUCCCGUAAAGACCAUGACCAUGGACAUGGGAAGGAUAGUAGGCUUUUACGGCAGGGAGAGAGGAUCCAGAGAGUGUUAAAUAACUUUUUUUCUUUAAAAAAAAAAAAAUGAUCACAAGCCCACUACAAAACAGACAAAAACAGCAAAUCCGUUUUUGUCCAGAAUCCUCAAGACUUAGGAAAUGAACAAUGACAUCAGAACAACAACAACAACAACAAAAUACUCACAGUUGAAAAGUCGACAGGAGGUGAGAAGGGGACCCCGCAUUUCCCGCCUUGCCUCCGAGACAAGAAACAGACACAGAACCCAGUCCUCUAUUACCCGUCUCUCCCUGACCCCCCUCAGCCCGUUGCCGCCGCCGCUGCCAAAUUUCAACUGCUUUGGACUGAAAAUGUCAUAAGCGUGGGUGGUGCCUUCAAUGUGUUACUGUUUAAUGACAGUCUUGUUUCCCAAGUGCAACGUGUGUGCUCUUGGUCCCCCUCCCUCCUGUUUCCUGAAGUCAGAGAUGUUCCUCUCCUCCCCCUUUGUUGGUGAGCCCGCCCAUCACACAUUCUGAGGGGGCUGCUACAAUGUUAGGGGUACCUAAAGAUGAAGACCUCCCUCCUUCCGACCCUGUCACUCCCAGUCCUACUGUUACCUGGCUCCCCAGACCUCUCAAGCAUUUCUGGGUCUCGUAAUUCCCACGGCCCUCCAAGCCACCUCCCCAGAUACUUCCCCAGAUUCAUCUCCCACCCAGAAUUCCCCAUCGGAACCAAUUCAGAGUGGUUCUCACAGCCAGUGGCCCUUGGGCAUCCCGACGAAGACAGUUUCCCUGCUCCUCCUAUUUAUUUCGUGGAAGCCCAAAGAGGAGAGUGCGGAGAGAGAGGAGAUUUUGAUUUUAGGUGAGAGGCUUUCAACCAGUCCCUAACAGCCUUCGCCAAUGCACGGGAAUCUCUGAGAGACCCAGUGUUCUUCUGGUGUCAGAAGCUGCACGUGGUAGUCCAAGAAGAUCCAGAGCAUUCCCUGGGAUGCCCAACUGCGGCGUUCUGCCUCAGCUGUCUCUCACCUCCAACGUCAUGGAAGCCGGGAAAUCAGGGGCUUAUUCUCCUUUUCAUUCCUGGCCCCUCUGGGGGACAUUGACAAUGCCUGUUAUCCCUCUGGGCCUUAGUCUCCCAUCUGAAACGAAGGGAAUUGGGGUUAGAUCAAGCAAAACCUCCGCCCAUUUUUUAAAAAUGCCCCUGUGCACAGAAGCCACUAAUAGAAGAUCCUCGUUUAUAAGGUGGCUCUUCGCUGGACGAAGCAGGGCGGGUGGGGGGCCAGGGCGGAGAUAGAGCGCCCACUUUCUCAGCCUCUCUGCUGGGAUCCCAGCACUCCCCAGGGUGGGGUAAACACCGCCCAGCUUGGUCAGUGUUUCCGUGAUGUUAAAUUAUCUCUGUACUGCAGCCCGCUUUUGGCAUCUCUGUGUGUCACCAUCAAAAUAUUUGUAGCUAAAUCAAUUCACUCUUAAUACUUUGAACUUUUAAAAGGAAAACUUCUUUUCGUCAUUACAAAUAGAAAAGCAGUAUCAGUCAAUCACCCUAAAUAGAAAGUAAAUGUAAAGAUAAGGAUGAAGGCAACAAAGCAGCAAUUGUUCUAGCUAGAUGCUGUUGCUCCUGAAGAGUCUGAACUUAGAGCCCUGCGUUUGCUGGAUUGCACUUGCUCUCUCUCUCUCUCUCCCCCUCCCCCCCCUCCUCCCCCCUCCCUCCCCCUUCCUUUCUGUCAUUCCUCUCUCUCCCUUUUUCUUUAUUAAAAUGAUUGGCAGAUGUUAAAGAGCUGUUAAAGAUAUACCAGCACCCAGUGGAGACUUUGCACUCCAAGGGACUCCAUCGGACUGACAAAAUGAAAAGGAACCCACUCCCCUCUGUGACUCGGUGUUAACCAGUGCUAUAUCCACGUGCUACUACAAAUCUUUUUGCAUUUGCUAGUGAUGCACAGCGCCUAUUUCAGGAAAUACUGGGUCUGCUUCUCCGUGAGGUUCCCUCCAGCUCCAAAGGUCUGUGAGUCUUACUUCCCUUUUAGCUCAUCUUGCCCCUUGUCCUCAGUUCACUUCAUCCGACCUUUUAUGCCAUCCCUGAUGAAGGAGCUUUCUUGAUCUCUGAAUCUACAGAAUUUUUUUCCCCCUCCGUAUUCCUCCUCUUCUGAGUAAACUUCAACCAGUGAGUUUCGUGAGUUGGGGUGGGGAGGGCGGUUUGGGCAGGAAGGUCGUGGAGUGGUCAGUAUGAUGAGGCAGGAUGAUGGCCUAGAACGUUCCUUUUCUGUCUCAUUAUCUUCCAGUUGGCUUUGCAAACUGGGACCGGGGUGGUAGGGGUUGGACGGGGAGGGUGGUUGGAAUACUGAUGGAUCUGUGGCUGCCACAUAUCGACAACAAUCUUGUGGCUACAGUGAGGAGCUUAGAAGAGAGAAACCCGAACAAAGUAGAGAGGCAGUUCCUCCCCCUCCCGGGCCCUGGCACUAGCCUCUACUUCUUGCCUUUAGCUCUCCCCAACUUCCAACGCAAUGGGACCAGAGUCUGAUUUCCCUUCGCCCUCCCAGAGCAUCUCAGCCUCCAUCCGCCUUGGGCUCUGCCUGGCACCCCAUCUCACUCCCCUCACCUCCCCAGUUUUCCGUGUAAAUGGAGCAUAUUUUAUGUGCGAAUAUUUUAGUAACCGUAUGUUCUGCAAGUAAACCUGUGUUAAUACUUGUCAACAAUUGCAGAGUUUAUGAUACCAAUAAUACUUCCUACAAUGAAGAAAAAAAAGACAUUUGUUUGUUUUCUAAAAAUGUUUAUUUGUAAACAUGUAUUCACUAUAUUAAUAUGAAUUUCUUACCUGGCAAUAAAACUGAUUAU